GCCUUCGUUCGUCCCGCUCCUGCCGCCGCAUAUCUGCGCUCACCUGGCGGCACGUGUUCUUUUCAGAACACCGGCUCGGUGCUUCGUUACUAAUGUCUUCAAAAUGCCAUUCGCACAAAUCGAACAAGGAAAGCUGCGAGGCGUAGUUUGUGAAAAUAAUGAAGGAAAAUACUUAGCAUUCAAAGGAAUUCCAUACGCAAAACCGCCAGUAGGGAUAUUAAGAUUCAAGGCGCCAGAACCUCCAGAGCCAUGGGAAGGAGUCCUAGAUGCCUCGGAACAUGGCCCCGUAUGCCCGCAGUUCAACGAGCGCUUAAACCGCAUGGAAACCGGCAGCGAAGACUGUCUCUACCUCAACGUCUACACCCCGGGUGGAGCGACCGCGUCACCUCGCUUACUGCCUGUCAUGGUCUGGAUACACGGCGGCGCAUUCUACACCGGCUCUGGCAACUCCGAUUUCUACGGUCCAGAGUUUUUCAUGGCUCACGAUGUCAUUUUCGUCACAUUCAACUAUAGACUGGAAGUAUUAGGUUUCUUAUGUCUAGAUAACGAGGACAUACCCGGAAAUGCAGGUUUAAAAGAUCAGGUGGAAGCCUUGAAAUGGGUCAAAAAGAACAUAUUUGCUUUCGGUGGCGAUCCGAACAACAUCACCAUAUUUGGUUGCAGUGCCGGUGGUAGUUGCGCUUCCUAUCACUUAAUAUCAAAAAUGAGUGAAGGUUUAUUUAACAAAGCCAUUUUUCAAAGUGGCGUAUGUCUUAGUGAUUGGAGCUACGAUUUAAAUGCGCGUAAUAGAGCAUUCCAACUGGGAAAAUUAUUAGGGAAAGAAACGGAAGAUCCGACUGAAUUAUCAGAGUUCUUAAGAAGUAUACCUGCAUCGUCUCUUGUGAAAAUAAGUCUCCCAACGGAAGUAAUUAACAACAUAGAGGACGUUAUAUUAUGGAGACCUGUGAUAGAAAAAUCUGAUCUCGAUGUAGUAAAAUUCAUUACAGAACAACCUCCAGAUUUAGUUACCAAAGGACAAAUUGUAGACGUCCCUAUCAUAUUGGGAUAUACAUCUGGAGAUGGAAUCGAAAUUUCUAGGAAUCUACCUAGUCUACUGGAUAAAGUUGGGAAAAUUGGUUACUUUGUGCCUAGAGAGUUAAAGCUCAAAUGGUCAUCGGACAAAUUAGAGGAAGUAGACAAAAUAAUUCGCAAGUUUUAUUUUAACGGUGAAGAUGUGACUAUGGAUAAAUUGCAGGCAAUGACUGAUUUGGAGACUUGUAGGCUAUUUUCUUACAAUAUUCAAAGGUGGGCGAAGUAUCACUCACGGUAUUCUAGUCAACCUGUGUUUUUGUACAAAUUCUGCGCAGAAACCGAAAGAAAUAUUGUUAAGAAGUCUUACGACAUGAAUGACAUAAGAGGAGUCUGUCAUGCAGACGAUUUGCAUUAUCUUUUUCACGUAACGUGUCUUGACGUACCGCUAACAGAUGAUUCCAGAGCCGUUAUAAAGAAUUUCGUUCGACUGUGGACUACCUUCGCCUGUACAGGAACGCCCACGACAGCAGAUGAUUUCGAGCAAUGGAAACCUUUUAAGGAAUCAGAACGUAAUUGUUACAUUAUAGAUAAAAAACUUAAAUGUGUACAAGACGAAGACGCAGAAGUUACAACAUUCUGGGAACAGAUAUACGGAGAAGAAAAUACUUGCAAUGUUAAUGGAAUAUCGUGAGAAUAUAUUGAUAGAAAAAGAAUAGAAUAUUUACAAAUUUAUUAAUGAGCUAAAAAAGAAAAUAUAGUAACAC